AUGAACUGGCGGUCGAUCGGAAGUACGGAGUUCUGUUCAUUUCUUCCCGAAGCAAACCAAACGACGUCGUUGAUCCCUCUCCUGUCUCCCUUCUCUCGCUCCGUCGGUGCCCCUCUCCCCCCGCCCAACGCGCUUCCAAAUCCUACCCUGUCUCCCUUCAUUGUUUCAGAUCUCUCUUUCUUCUCUUCCCUCUUUCAGAGUUCUCAGGUUUCCAUCUUCGCUGAUCGAACGCUGCAUAUAGACGCUUUCCCGUCACAUUUACAUCUGUACGCAUACCGCACAUUGGUGCUGAAGCAAUUUCUCGACCGGUGAUCUUUCAAAUGCGCGCUACCGGUAGCGUUUACUGAUUCGGCUCCCCGAUUCAUUCACUGCUUCGUAGGGAGGAGAUGGCGGCCGUUUCCGGACCUGUGACGCCUGGACAGGUGUCGUUUUUGUUUGGAAUUAUCCCUGUUAUCAUUGCAUGGCUAUAUGCUGAGUUGCUAGAGUAUAAGAAGUUAUCGUCACCUUCUAAAGUGCAUUCAGACUCUAUCCUGACUGAAUUAGGAAAUGAAACAGUCAGGGAAGAGGACCAAAUUGAUUUGCUUGAAGGAGGUCUGUCAAAAUCUGCAUCGUUGAAGGUGCAGAGUACAGCUGUUAAAGCAAACUUAAUUAGGUUUGUCACGAUGGAUGAGGCAUUCUUGCUUGAAAACCGGGCCACUCUGAGAGCAAUGUCCGAAUUUGGGGGCAUCCUGUUUUACUUUUACAUCUGUGACCGGACAAAUAUUAUUGGUGAUUCUACCAAGCACUAUAAUCGCGAUCUCUUCAUCUUCCUGUAUCUUCUUCUACUGAUAGUUUCAGCAAUGACGUCUCUGAAGAAACAUCAUGACAAGUCAUCUUUUUCUGGGAAGUCAAUACUCUAUCUUAAUCGCCAUCAAACCGAGGAAUGGAAAGGAUGGAUGCAGGUCCUCUUUUUAAUUUAUCACUACUUUGCAGCAGUAGAGAUAUACAAUGCAAUUCGCGUUUUUAUUGCUGCAUAUGUCUGGAUGACUGGAUUUGGGAAUUUCUCCUACUAUUACAUUAGAAAAGAUUUUAGUGUUGCUCGAUUUGCUCAGAUGAUGUGGCGCUUGAACUUUUUUGUAAUAUUUUGCUGUGUUGUUCUUAACAAUGAUUACAUGCUUUAUUAUAUUUGCCCAAUGCACACUCUUUUCACUCUGAUGGUCUAUGGGACACUUGGCAUUGCUCACAACUAUAAUGAGAUAAGAUCAGUGAUGGUUGUCAAGCUUCUUAUAUGUUUUAUAGUGGUUUUUGUGAUUUGGGAGAUUCCUGGAGUUUUUGAAAUCAUAUGGAGUCCUUUCGCUCUUAUGUUAGGGUAUACUGAUCCCGCAAAGCCAAAUCUCCCUCGUCUGCAUGAGUGGCAAUUCAGAUCUGGACUUGAUCGCUACAUAUGGAUUAUUGGGAUGAUAUAUGCCUAUUUUCACCCGAAUGUUGAGAAGUGGAUGGAGAAAUUAGAGGAAUUUGAAACUAAGAGGAGACGUACAAUCAAGACAGCAAUUGUUACAAUUUCUUUAAUUGUUGGAUAUUUGUGGUUUGAAUAUGUAUACAAGCUCGACAAAGUUACCUACAACAAGUAUCAUCCAUAUACUUCAUGGAUUCCUAUCACUGUUUACAUUUGCUUGCGAAACUUCACUCAGGAGCUCCGGAAUGUCUCACUCACUUUUCUAGCGUGGCUUGGCAAAAUAACCCUGGAAACCUACAUUUCCCAGUUCCACAUCUGGCUGAGAUCGAAUAUGCCAAAUGGACAACCUAAGUGGCUUCUUUGUUUUAUACCUGACUAUCCUAUGCUCAAUUUCAUGCUGACUACUGCCAUUUAUGUCUUGGUAUCUUAUAGGCUUUUUGAACUCACCAACACACUCAAAUCAGUUUUCGUGCCCACGAGAGACAAUAAAAAACUGUUGUACAAUUUUGCUGCUGGGGUUGCGAUUUCUGCGUGUUUAUAUUGCACUUCUUUCAUUCUUCUUCAAAUUCCUCAUUAACAAGCCCGAUUUGAAUGAUUUUGAACAUUGAAAGCGUCCCUUGCCCAGCCAGCAUAUAUAGGAAAGACGUGGAAAUAGAAUUUAUUUUUAACGAUGGAAGAAAUUGCUUCCAAGGCGUAUACUCCGUAUAAUAUAUACACGCAGAGGUUAUUGUUGCAUCGUCUUUGAAAUUUGAAAUCGCACGGGGGCAGUUGUUGGGAGUGGAAAUUUGUUGCAGUUUAGCCAGGAAAGAUCUGUAUAAUUUCUUUCAAGAAUACAAUGGCACUAUCAUAGUUACAGUGUACCACUGUAUUCUUUGUAUGGAAACCCACGUAUCAUUUCCUUUUAUGUCUCUCUUCACACACAAUUCACACAAGUAGGGGUGGGAUCCUCUGUCCCAAUUCUUGUGUACGUCAUUCAUUCUUCUAUUUUUUGAGUAAAUUUUCAAAAAAGAAAUCACCCCAAAUAAGAAUAGAACAGGGAGAAAGUAUCAAAUUAAGAGUUUUAUAUUUU